CUUUUCCAUCGUCAAAGCUUCCCCCAAAUUUGACCCGAGGAGAAACACCAGCCUCCAACACUAUUGAUUCUUAUUUUGAACCUGGUGGCUGGUGUUGCUGGGAAACCAACGAAUUAAAAUUGAAAAGAGAAAAAGGAAAUUGAUUUAUUUUUUAAUUUCCUUUUUACGAGCGUAAUCACAUAUCUACACUAGCUGAACAAAGAAGAGAACGCAAAGCUCUGAUCUUCUCCUUUUUCAAGGCAGCCCUAUGGCGGAGAAGCAGCUGGUCGUGGCCGUUGAAAGUUCUGCGGCCAUGGGCCCCUUCUGGCAGACCAUCUUUUCUGAUUACCUUGAAAAGAUCAUCAGGUCCUUUUGUGGUGGUGACUUGACUGGGCAGAAACCUUCACCUUCUAAUGUGGAGCUCUCACUGGUCACAUUUAAUUCUCAUGGAUCUUAUUCUGCUUGCUUAGUGCAACGGACUGGCUGGACAAGAGAUGUUGACAUCUUUUUACAAUGGUUAGCGGCCAUUCCUUUUGCUGGAGGUGGCUUCAAUGACGCUGCAAUUGCAGAAGGUCUUUCUGAAGCUUUAAUGAUGUUCCCUUAUGCUCCAAAUGGAAGCCAAUCUCAACAAAAUAUAGAUGGACAAAGGCAUUGUGUUCUUAUUGCAGCAAGUAACCCUUAUCCCUUGCCAACGCCAGUCUAUCGACCACAAAUACAAAAUUUGGAGCAGAGUGAAAAUAUUGAUCAACAAACAGAAAGUCGCUUAUCUGACUCAGAGACAGUUGCGAAAUCAUUUCCUCAAUGCUCUGUUUCUCUGUCUGUCAUUUGUCCAAAACAGCUAUCAAAAAUUAGAGCAAUCUACAAUGCGGGAAAACGCAACAUCCGAGCAGCAGAUCCAAUAGUUGACAAUGUUAAAAAUCCUCAUUUUCUUGUUCUAAUCUCUGAGAACUUCAUGGAGGCGCGUGCUUCUUUAAGUCGUCCUGGAGUUGCAAAUCUACCUUCUAAUCAGAGUCCUGUAAAAGUGGACGUCGCUUCAGUUACUUCUGCUGCAGCUCCAGCUCCACCUUCAAUACCAUCAGUGAAUGGAUCUAUCUUGAACCGGCCACCAAUUUCAGUUGCAAAUGUUCCCACUGCAACUGUAAAAGUUGAACCAACCACUGUAACUUCCAUUGCACCUGGACCUGCUUUUUCACAUAUUCCAUCUGCGCGUCCCACUUCUCAAGCAGUUCCAAGUUUGCAGACAUCUUCACCGCCUACAAGUACUCAAGAAAUGAUUGCAAGUGGUGAAAAUGUGCCAGACUUAAAACCAAGUGUCAGUGGGAUGCCACAGUCUGUACGUCCUGUGCCUCCUGGUGCAGCGAAUGUUAGCAUACUGAAUAAUCUCUCUCAAGCACGCCAAGUGAUGAACUCUGCUGCUUUAACUGGAGGAACUACGAUCGGCCUUCAAUCAAUGAAUCAGACUCCUGUUGCCAUGCAUAUGUCAAAUAUGAUAUCCAGUGGCAUGGCUUCUUCUGUGCCUCCUGCUCAAAAUGUUUUUUCAUCUGGACAACCUGGUAUUAGUUCAAUAACAGGAUCAGGAACAACUCAAAUUGCAUCAAACUCUGGUCUUGGUUCAUUCACUUCUGCAACUUCUAACAUAUCUGGGAACUCAAAUCUUGGAAUUUCACAACCCAUGGGUAACCUUCAAGGAGCUGUUAGCAUUGGUCCAUCGGUACCAGGCAUGAGCCAAGGAAAUCUUUCAGGAGCACAAAUGGUGCAAAGUGGAAUUAGCAUGAAUCAGAAUAUGAUGAGUGGUCUUGGUCCGUCGGGUGUCUCUUCUGGAAGCAGCACGAUGAUUCCAACUCCAGGAAUGCCUCAACAAGCACAAAGUGGGAUGCAGACUGUUGGUGUGAAUAACAACUCAGCAGCUAAUAUGCCAUUGCCACAGCAGACAACAAGUGCUUUGCAAUCAGCACAAUCCAAAUAUGUCAAAGUCUGGGAGGGAAAUUUGUCUGGGCAGCGUCAAGGACAGCCUGUCUUUAUCACCAGAUUGGAAGGUUAUAGGAGUGCUGUGGCUCCUGAGGACCUUGCUUCAAACUGGCCACCAACAAUGCAAAUAGUUCGGCUGAUAUCUCAGGACCACAUGAAUAACAAGCAGUAUGUUGGAAAGGCUGAUUUUCUAGUAUUUCGGGCAAUGAAUCAGCAUGGGUUUCUUGGACAACUGCAAGAAAAGAAGCUUUGUGCAGUCAUCCAAUUGCCAUCACAGACAUUACUGCUUUCUGUUUCAGACAAAGCCUUCCGCUUGAUAGGGAUGCUCUUUCCUGGGGAUAUGGUUGUGUUUAAGCCUCAAAUAUCCAGUCAGCAGCAACAAAUGCAGCAGCAGCAUCACCAGCAGAUGCCACCACAGCAGCAUCCACAGCUACAGCAGCAACAGCUUCCACAGCUGCAACAGCAACAACAAGUUCCACAGCUACAGCAGCAACAGCAACUUCCACAGCUGCAACAUCAGCAACAGCAUCCCCAGUUGCAGCAACAGCAACAACUCUCACAGCUUCAACAACAACAACAACAACAACAGCUUCAACAGCAGCAGCAGCAGCUUCCACAGUUGCAGCAGCAGCUUCAGCCGUUGCAGCCGCAGCAGCAGCUUCAGCCGUUGCAGCAGCAGCAGCAGCUUCCGCAGUUGCAGCAGCAACUUCCACAGCAGCAACAAUUGGUUGGGACGGGAAUGGGUCAGGCAUACGUUCAAGGUCCAGGACGGUCACAAUUAGUUUCUCAGGGACAAGUUUCAUCACAAGGGCCAACAAACAUGCCUGGAGGUGGCUUUAUGAGUUAAAAAGAAAAUCAAUAAAUUGGGAGCAGAAUACAUCAGUGUAUUUUAAAAAAAAAAAAAAACCACCUGAGCAAUUUUAUUGCCUGUUGGAUCUAGACUAGUAAUUUUAUCAACAGGGUUUAAAAUCAAUUUAUGGUUGCAUGUAAAAUAAUGAUAUUAUCGAAUCAGGCCUUCCUCUCUAUUUAUAAGCAAACACCUUGUGCA